AUGCAAGUCUUCGUCAUGUGCCCGUUCUUGUUUUACGGCGACGUUAUGGGCGACUUUGGCUUGAAGUGCGUUGCGUGUGGGGAGCAAGGGUGUCAUCUCCACGGCUGGAACGACUCGUGGAACGUCGUCGUUGGUUUGGACAACAUGACGCUGGCCAAAGUCCGCUCCAUUUGCAACCGUGGCUCGAGCGGCCCUGCCGACAACUUCUACAGCGUCAGUGCAGCGCCGCGCAUCCACCAAGAGAGCUUGUCGCCCGAGUUCCAGGCCGAUCGUCUCAUCAUGGAAAAGGUCAUGGUCGUGCCACGGUAUGUCGGCGUCAACGUGCGAGACGCCGACGCUUUGCCCAGCGACAAGGGCGACGAGCUCAACCUCUUCUGCGUCUCGGCACCAACGACGUGA